AUGUUUUUUAUUUAUGUCUGUCAGUCACUGAAGAAAGCACAUACUUGCAGAAAAUUGUAUCCACUUCGUGAUAAAAGAGUUUAUGAGGUAUUAUUUUUCGAGCAGCACAUUGUACAAACGAAUACUGUAGAUUGUUUUUUAAAGAAAACAUAUUAUUUUGAGGAAAGAGACACCAUCAACUUACACGGAGAAAGUGACAAAGGAAGCUCCCACAAUGACGAUGAUUAUAAGCAAACUAAGAAACGGCAAGUGCGAAAACGGAAAAAGUUGUUUGACGAAGAUGAACUUAAAGUCUUACGAAAGAAGUGCAAAAGAAUGAUCUGCGAAUACGAAACGAUGACGAAAUGUCAAAUCAAGGACGUAUUAGCUGGCACUAACCUGAUUAAAAAGUAUGAUUAGAAGCGGCUCAGGACAAGGAUAGCGUACAAAAGAAAGUUAUUUUUCGAUUAGAACAUUUUUUUGUGUUUUUUAAGUUGUGCUUAUUGUAACUUUUAUGUUUUUCUUUUUCAUCACAUUAACACAAAUGCAACUGCUUUUUUUAAUGUUUUUUUGUAAGUUUGUGCCAUAAUGAAAUGCUGAAUGACGAUAGUUUUAGUAGAUUUUGUUUUAUAAAAGAAUUCUUUUUUUGUAGCUUGAUUUCUGGAGACUUAUUGCGGAAACUUCUUCAGAAAGAUAUGUUUGUGUAUCAAAA